AGGACAGCUUGGUGAGUAUAAAGAAACCCCCUCCACCAAUUCUCCUCACACCGAAUCUUAUUCAUAUUCCGUUCUUUUGGAUUCUUUGAUUCUUGUGAAGAACAUGACGAUCCUCAUCGAGCAGCCUCGCUUUGAAGUGGAAGAGAAGAAGGUUGGCAUUACAGAGCUGAAUGAAUUGGUGUUGGACGGUGGAUUUGUUGUACCAAAUGAAACGGCAGCGGCGGCGGCGGAGGAGGGAUUUGUAGCACUGGAAAUGAAUGCGUUCGGGCAUUCUUUCAGAGAUUACGAAGCGGAAAGUGAAAGGCAAAAGGGAGUGGAGGAAUUUUAUAAACAGAAUCAUAUUCAUCAAACGUACGAUUACGUGAAGAAGAUGAGAGAAACGUACAAGAAAAUGGAUCGAGUGGAAAUGAGUAUCUGGGAAUGCUGUGAGCUUCUGAACGAUGUGGUUGAUGAUAGCGAUCCUGAUUUGGAUGAACCCCAAAUUCAGCAUUUGUUGCAGACUGCUGAAGCCAUUCGAAAGGAUUAUCCUGAUGAAGAUUGGCUGCAUUUGACUGCGCUCAUCCAUGAUCUUGGAAAAGUGCUUCUUCUUCCCAGCUUUGGUGGGCUUCCUCAAUGGGCUGUUGUGGGUGAUACACACCCUCUAGGCUGCGCUUUUGACAGCUCCAUUGUUCAUCACAAGUAUUUCAAGGAGAAUCCUGAUUCAGAGAAUCCAGCUUAUAACACCAAAAAUGGAAUUUACACCGAAGGCUGCGGACUUGACAAUGUUAUGAUAUCAUGGGGCCAUGAUGAUUAUAUGUAUUUGGUGGCUAAAGAAAAUGGCUCCACUUUACCUUCGGCUGGGUUGUUCAUAAUCAGAUACCAUUCUUUUUAUCCCUUACAUAAAGCAGGAGCUUACAAACACUUGAUGAAUGAGGAGGAUGCCCAGAAUUUGAAGUGGCUCCAUAUAUUCAACAAGUAUGAUCUCUACAGUAAGAGCAAAGAACUUAUUGACGUGGAAAAAGUUAAACCAUAUUAUGUUUCCCUAAUUAACAAGUACUUCCCGGAAAAGCUCCGAUGGUGACCAGAUAUAAUUAACGAUGACUAUCGCCGGCCGGCGACGGAUGACACAUUUGAAUGAAUAAGCUUCAUUUUUCUUGUAUUAUUAUCUCAUUUGUCCACAUUAAAUGAGUUUCUUUUUUUUUUC